GCACACACCCGGAUAGGGAAUGGAGCAAAGACCGAAAUAUCGAUUUUUAGGUCCCUACCCGAGGUGGUUCGAUGCUCAUAUCUGCCCCGUGCCCCGUCCGCUAAGCGCCUUUCAAAACACUGUGCGUCGAAUAUACGUUUCUAUUAUCUAACGUAUUUCAAUGUUUUUAAUGUAAUUAACGGAUACCGAUGAUUUACUAUUGAGGUGAAGUGUUGGUGACGUUGGAGAUUGUGACGAUUAAUCUAUUCUAUUGAAAAUAGUGAAAUAUCGACGAAUCGUGAAUUCACGAGAGUUAUUCGGUAAAUCAGCGAACUAUGUCGUCAGAAAAAAUGGCGAUCGCUGCAUCGGAGAAUUAUCAGCUAAAGUGGCAUAGUUAUGGAGCACAUCUUCACAGUUCUGUGGCGACACUUUUGCAUUCAGAGUCAUUUGCUGAUGUUUUACUUGCUACAUCGUGUGGACGUCACGUUGCUGCUCAUCGUUUUGUAUUAGCAGCAUGUUCCUCGUAUCUCAGUCAUAUUUUUCAAACUUGUCAUUUUGGGGCCAAUACCAACGCUCCGAUUAUUGUGGUUCUUCCCACAGAGAUUGGCUAUCGCACCCUGAAAAUCCUCAUUCAAUACAUGUACAGCGGUGAAGCAACAGUCACCAAUGAUCAAUUAGAGGGAGUCUUGAAAGCUGGUGAUAUACUUCGGGUGCGAGGCUUGUGGCGAUCCAACUCGGCGAGUAAAAAGGAGAACAUUCAGUCGAACAAUCAGAAAGUUGACAGGGACAAGAGGGAGCAACAAUCAGCAUCGGGUCAAAUUCAGAAGAUAAAGCUUGUUCAGCCAACAGCCCAUGAAAAGCCAACAUCCGAAGUUGGAACGACAUCAGUAUCAUCAUCAACACCUACACCAGUGCAACAGCCAUCGGUGCAACCGCUACAUCAAGCAUCAUCAGCGCAGUCAGUGCCAAAGGUCCUAGAGAAGAAGAACAGUCCAUGUGAGAAAUCCAGUGAUGAUUCCAAGACGAGAACUGAUACACCAGAUUCUAAGAAAGGAUUCACUGAGGAGAGCAAGAGCAAUGAUCAGAAUAAAAAUAAAGAAAAUGUCGAGGCUAAUGGGAAGAAGAGGCGGAGUAACAACAGUAGUAGUGAAGCAGAAUCAAAUAAGUCGAGUAAAAGUGAUGGAGAUAAUGCUGAACUAAACUUGGAAUUACUAGUGAAAGACGAGCCCAUUGAUUGGGACGAAUCGAUGGAUCCGUCAGAAUCUCUGACAAUAGACCACGAGAUUGAUAUCAAACCGGAAAUUGUACACAGUGGUGACGAAGAUGCCGACAUUGAAGAAGAGGAAUACACUCCAUUAACUUGUGACAUGUGCAGUCAAACUUUCAAUCGUCCCUCGGAUUGGGUGAGACACAUUGAAUUUACGCACGCAGACAUGACAGAAAAUCGGAGAAAAAAGAGAAAGGGAGAUGACGACGACAGUAAGGAUUUCCCCCCCUUAAAAUGUGAUCUCUGUGGCAAUAUGUAUCCAACACCUCAGGAAUGGGUACGUCACAUUCAAACUGAACACACGGAAGAACAACUCGCUCUGAUGAAUAACUCAGCCCCACCAAAACCAAAACGUAUCCACAAUCAUCAGAAACUCUGUAACAUAUGCCAAAAAGUAUUUCCAAGUCACGCAUCGAUGGUCAUUCAUCAGCGAACACACACUGGUGAAAAGCCAUUUCUCUGUUCAUACUGUAAAAAGGGAUUCAAUGUUAAGAGUAAUUUGCUGAGGCAUUUGAGAACGUUGCACGAUAAAUUUGUCCACCCGAGCCUUUAUGGUAGUAAUGGGAGUAAACAUAACUAGGUGGAACACGACGUUUUCGCCUCCUCGGAUUGAAAGAACAAACACAAAUACAGAAAAGUCGAAUAAUGAAGUUGAAAAUCAAUGAAAUAAAAUGGGGUUCAGGCUAUA